AUGCGAUGCGCGAGCAAGGCCGCCGAGAGCGCGUCCGCACGUCUCUGUGCGGACGCCGAAGCAGAAACCACAGCAACUGAUGUCUCAUCGGUUGCUGAAGCGACUCAACCUGUGUCACUUGGUGAUGCAGGCGCUCGUCACGAAGACACUCAUGUAUUUACAGAGUAUGAGCUCAGUGUCUCAUACUCUCCCGAUACGGAAGACGGAUCCGUAACGAAGGCGGUUGAAACCAAGCCGCCUGCCAAGCGUGGCAUGGAUGAUGCUUUGCGUCGUAGCAUCUUUAAUUCAUCUGACGAAUCAGAUGAACCAUCGCCAAAGCGAAGGCGCUCGAGGUCGCAAGACUCGGGCGCUAACAGUGGUGUCGGUUCUCCUAUGGACACCACUUCGCAACGAGGUGCCAGUCCUUCUGUCGGCACAUCGCAGGAAGAGCGGGACCGCAAUGUGUUGCGUCUCGCUCCCGGGAAGAAGGCAUGGAUGCCUCCCAAAUCUGUCAUGGAUCACUUGUCGGCGACGACGAGUGAUCGUUAUCGAACACGGUUGUUCGAUUCGUCAAGGAUCCAUCACCUUGACCCCAGCGCGAAAAACUAUCGCGCUGAACAUGAAUUCUUCAUCGAUGCUUUCUUUAGACAUCGAUGGUACAGUGGGAAUCACAAACGUGAUGGUCCCUCACUACUUCAAGCGUGGAACGCUUACAUCCAUAACCUUGAGGAUGUAGGUCGUGACGUUUGGAACGACAAACUUAUCAAAGCUCGUGAUAAGUUUGAAAAGCGAACCCCGACAGGUGCACGCUACAAGCUGCAUCGUCUGUUUAAGAAGGGGAUUGACAACCUGAAAUCCCUUUAUGACCGUGCCGGGAAGACUUUCUCCGGCGGUCCUUCUGCGGCACAGGAUGUGCCGCGUCGUACUGCUCAACCAGACCCAGUACGUCAACCAUCAUUUGGGAGCGGGGCUCCCAAGUAUCCCAGGACGGGGGAUAACCGCGCCACCGGAAGAGAUAACUCGUCCGACGUCCGUUCACGUCGCGGUGGUUCAGCAGCUGCUCAACUAGAUAGCGCUGGCCACCGCGAGAGUCCUCUAACGGAGGUGGAGGAGGAGGAAAUACGCUCUCCACACGAUCGUGGGGAUCCGUGUGUUCCCAAGAGAUUCUUUGAUCGCGUAACGCAAGGGUUACGCGGCGAUCUCGAACAUGAGCGGGACAGGCGUCUCCAAAUGGCGGACACUGUCUCGAAGCAUCGAGCUGAGUUUGCCUUUGCUCAGCUUGAGAACGAGAGAGCUCUGACAUCUCUUCGUGACGAGCUAAGGGUAGCUCGUGGGAUUGUUGAUCGGUCUCGGGAUGAGAUAGUUGCUCUUCAGACCCUUGUCGAUGCCCAUCAUCGGGAGCACAAGGCUCUCUGCGAGAUGCUUGAGCGCAAGGGCGUUCUGCAUCGGAAGAAGCAGCGUACUGAUGGUACGGCUUAA